GAAUUCUAACACUUAAUUUUUAAGAAAAUGAAUCUCUUUUAACCUAAUAUUUAUGUAAGAAAUGGCAAAUCAACAAUAAAUUGAAAUUGCAAGAUUAAAUGACACUGUCACAAGUUCUAAAAGUUUGAAAGCAAGAAAAGUCGUUGAUUUAGCAUUCAAAAAUAUCAAUUAUUCUGUAAUUGAUAAUAAAGGAAGUAAGAAUUUAAUAUAAAUAAAUUAAAGGAUCUAGAUAGAUAUUAAAGAAUUUGGAUGGAUUUUGUAAAGGAGGUGAAAUUACUGCAAUUUUAGGGGCUUCAGGAGCUGGAAAAACUUCACUUUUAAAUAUUCUAUCUGCAAGAAUUUCAAAUACAAAAACAACAAAAUUAACUGGGAAAGUGUUAGUGAAUAAUUUAGAAUAUAAUUCUGAGACAUUUUCUAAUUUUGCUGCUUAUGUUAUGCAAAAUGAUGUUUUAUUUGAAACAUUGUCUCCAAGAGAAGCUUUUGAGUUUGUUGCUAAUUUAAAAUACACUGAUCCUGAAUUAAAGUAAAGUAGAGUUGAAGAUGCAAUAAAAACAAUGAAAUUAGAAAGAUGUUAAAAUGCUAUAAUAGGAGGACAUAAUCUUAAAGGUAUAUCUGGAGGAGAAAAGAAGAGAACUUCAAUUGGAUUUGAACUUGUAACUAAUCCAAGUUGUAUUUUACUUGAUGAACCAACAUCUGGAUUAGAUUCAUUUACUGCUUUUUAAAUAAUGUAUUUUAUAUAGAUAAUAAUUUUAGUUAUGAAUUAACACUUUUGGCACAUGAUUAGGAUAGAACAAUAGUAUUUACAAUACAUCAACCAUCAUCUGAUAUUUAUUUACUUUUUGAUCGUAUAAUGCUCCUUGUAUAAGGAAAAUUCAUAUAUUAAGGUCCAAGAAUCAAUUUAGUGAAUUAUUUUAAAAGUAUAGGAUUUCCUUGUCCAGAUCACAGCAAUCCUUUAGAUUAUAUGAUUAGUAUUAUGCAUUAAGAAAGUUAAACAAAUAUAGAGAAUUUUCCUAAAUAUUUUAAGGAGUAUGAUAAUUAAUGGGCUCCAAAUGUAAAAAAAGAGAUAGAAUAAUGUUCUAAAUCAGAAGUGCAAUUCAAAAAAGUUGAAACAUCUACUUUAUAUUAGAUAAACCUUAUAGCAAGAAGAGCAAUAAAAUCAUAUUUUAGAGAUAAAUUAUUAAUUAGAUAGAGAUUAGGGAUGGCAUUAUUUAUGGGAUUAUUGAUAGGUGGAACAUAUUAUGGAAUAGGUUUAGAUUAAGAAUCAUAUAUAGAUUAUUCAAGUUUAGCAGGAUUAUUAUUUUUUUUAUGUAUGAAUAUGACAUUUAGUUCAUUGUUUCCUGUAGUUUUACAAUUUGCAACUGAGAGAGAUGUGUUUUUAAGAGAAGAAAGUUCUAAAUUAUAUACAACAUUUUCAUAUUUUAUGGGUAAAUCAUUUGUAGAAAUACCAUUUUGUCUAAUAACUCCAAUAAUUUAAGAAUUAAUAUUAUAUUGGAUGGUAGGUUUAAAUAAUAUGAAUAGUGGAAUAGUGAUAACUCAUAUAUUUAUAGCUGUAUUAACAUGUUUGAAUGGAAAUAGUAUAGGAUUAAUGGCUGGAUGUGCUUUUAAUGAUAUAAAAGCUGCAACUGGAUUUGUACCCUUAGCAUUAUUGCCUUUAUUUGCUUUCUCUGGAUUCUAUGCGAAUCCUAAAUAGUUUUAUAAUUGGAUAGGAUGGAUCCAAUAUGUAAGUCCAAUUAAAUAUUCAUUUGAAGCUAUUGCCAGAAAUGAAUUCUAAAAUAGAUUUUAUGAUUUUGGAGAUCCAAAAGAUGUUCUCGGAUUCAAUGUGGGUUAAUGGGAAUCUGUAGGAAUCUUAAUUGUAUUCUUUCUCACAAUAAGAAUGUUUGCAUUUAUGUUUUUACAUGCAUUAAGAUCAAAAUAAUAAUGA